AUGAAGGUCUUUGAGCGUGUCCUGGAGGCUCGUCCGAGGAAAAUUGUCAGCGCUUCACUCAACCAGUGCGGUUUUCUGAAAGAUUGGAGCACUAUAGAUGCAAUCCAUGCUGUCCGUAUCCUUCUGGAGAAACAUCGAGAGAAGAACCGCAGUGUGCGUCUUGCUUUUCUCGAUCUCGAGAAAGUUUUCGACCGUAUCCCACAUGAGCUGUUAUGGAUGUCCAUGAGGUCGUAUAGAGUACCAAAAGAACACCUGCGGUGGACAAAGCUACUUAAGCGAAGCCUACCAGCGUUGCACGAUGUGCUGCUGGAACAAGCAGGCCAUUCCCUGUACUAG